GGGGGGGGCUGGUUGCGUGGCAAAGACCAACAGCUCAUCACGAGUAAACCAAUGCAGAUCCAUCCGUUGCGACUCUCUUGCGCUGCUUGUUUGGAGGCACGAGUCCGCCACACUGUUCGCCUUUGCUACCUCCCAACGACGCAAGCAUCCGCGGAAGCGACAAUGGCCAGAUGCCACAGGGAACACAACAUUGACCGCCUCGCCAGCGAUUUUGAUGGGUUCGUCCCGUGGCAACGAUGUCGUGUUCUUCGCCUGGAGUCGCUUCGUAACGCUCCUCGCAAUUCUUCUCUUGAAGCAUUCGGCGGGAGACGGACCAAACAGAUUCCGUACGCUUCGCAAAUCGGCAGGCUGUUCAUCGAUACAUACGAGGAGCAGUUGUCUAGGACAAGGACGGCAAUCACUUCUUCAACUUCCAUUCUCCAAAGCAUUCUAACCAACUGUCAAAUAGGUCAGCGUUCAUAAGUGCCUUCGGCGUCGCUGAUAUCAUUGCGUCUUUGACCGGGCACUGGUCAAGCACAGUUGUAGCGCAGGUUCGGCCAGGCAGUAUGAAUGCCGGCGAGACGGGGGUGCCAUCUGCAGCAACAAUCGUCAUGCGCGGUGCACGUUCAUCAACAUUGUAGAUGUCGCCAGCGGUGCACAAAACCCAAGGCAGCCUUUCACCAGGUCGAAGAAGUAUUUCGUUAUUCCUUCCUUCGUCACAGUAUUUGAGCUUGGCUCGAUUUUUGCGCAACUCGCUCGGACAGCUCCUGGUGUCGUUUCUCGAAGCGGGCGUACCAACCGCGGCCAACAGUACGAGGCACACCACUGUGGUCAUCCUGACCGCUGCAUAGCGGCGAUCCAUGCCACAAGAUCAUGUUCAAGACCUGCUGAUAUCGACGACUUCACCCUCCGCUUUCCAAUUGAGAUAGUACCAGUUUUGACCAUCAUCUUCUUGUACCUGUACAUGGUAUUGCGUUUGAGUGGUGAGUUCCUUGCUACUUCAUCCGGGGUUUCACCGGCGGCGAGGCGGCCAAGGGUCGCCUCGAAGUCUGCCUUCGUAGGUGGCAUUGAGACAACAACAUGUUUUUCGCGCAUAACUUUCGCAAUUUUGGAUUUCGGUCGUUUUGUCCUCAAAUUCACAAAUUGGCGG